CUUCUGGGAAACGGUAUUAUGAAAGGCUUACCAGAGUCAGCCUUGAUAGCAAUAUUCGUGGUGGUUCUUGUUUUAGCAAGUUUCAUUGUAGUUUUAGCAGUCAUAUUCCGUCAUAGGGGAGAAAUUAGACGUUGGCAAAGGCGGGUUGUAAGGAGACCCCGUUUGAGUAUCCAGAGUUUGGGUAGACAAAAGGGUCUCACUUUGGAGGAAAUAACCCAGUAUUGUCCUUUGUUUGAAUAUUAUGGACAAGAUAAAAAGAUAAAACCCUGUUUCGAGGACGAUGAAUUGCCAGAAGACAGUUGGUGGAAGGAAGAAGCAGAAAAGAAGGGAAGGGACGCAGCAGUUACCAACCUAGAUAGUCAAGGUGAAGAAGUGUUGACGAGCAGCAUACCACAACAGGAAGCAACUUCUUCUGAAGUAAGAGCUUCGGGUUAUAGGACCAACGAAAACUGGAAAAUGGCAUUAUCUGAAAGGAACGGUAGUUGCUAUUUUCGAGAGCCUAUUUGUGCCAUUUGUUUAGAAGAGAUGGAUCCCCCUUGUUUGGUUCGUAUUUUGCGUUGUCAACAUGGUUUCCAUGCUCAAUGUGUUACUCAUUGGCUCCUUUCAGCGAACCGUUGUCCCCUUUGUAAUGUCGUUUGUUUUCAACGGGAACAGAAAUCAGAAACUGUUACAAAUAAUGCAGUAGAACAAAUGGGUAGCAGUUCAGAACAGACAUCCAUGGAAGCGAUUCACGUUAUGUAGUGCGCGAAUGGAAUGUCUCAUUGAACUUUAAGUACACGAA